AUGCCAAAAAUUUCAAGGAGCGGCAGAGCGGAUGAGGCUCUUAAAGCUUCUCAAAUAGCCGUAUCCUCAUUUGAUGAGAAUGCUUUGAUUCGCAAAAUGGCAGACAAUAGUCGCCCUGUUCGCGAAAAAGCACUCAAAGCGUUGGCACAAUACUUGGCAACUCCGCAGACACUUGAUCAACUUAAGUUGAAAAAGCUUUGCAAAGGCAUAUUUUAUGCUAUGUGGUACUGUGAUCGUCCAAUCACGCAGCAGAAUUUGGCUAGUGAGAUUGCAACACUGCCAGAGAAAAUCAAGUCGAAAAACUACUGGAACUUUGUCAACUCCUUUUGGACCGUAUUGAUCCGAGAAUGGCACUCUAUUGAUUCACACCGCAUCAACAAGUUUUAUUUAUUAAUUCGUCGGUUUUUUUUCGCAUUGAUGGUGCAUCUUUAUGAAAGUAAAUGGUCUUCCGAGGAGCUAGACUCGUACAUCAACAGUAUGGCAACCGGCCCGUUGAAUGUGGAUAACCCCAAAGUCCCGCAUGCAAUAAGACUCCACUUAUGUGACAUUUAUUUCGAUGAAAUUGACAGAUUGCGUGAACAAGCUGACGAAAUACCGUACAGUGAGCUUUUGAGUCCUAUCGAAGCUUUGGCGAAUUUCUCUAGCUUCAAAAUCAUUAAAGCUCGAGCAAAAGACGCGCUUUCAGAUCCUCGUUUACGCGAAUGGGGCCUCAAAGAAACAUCCGAAGCCUUUGUCUCUUCGGAGGAGGAGCUGGAUGAUUGGGAGGGAUUUGACUAG